UUUUUUUCACAUGCUCAGUAUCACUAUUAGGGAAAUGCAAACCAAAGACAAGGAGACAACAUUCCACACCUAUUAGGAUAUCCAUCACCACAGUGUGUAGGCUAGGAUGUCACGCAUCACUGGCGAGAAUAUAAAAUUAUGUUUACUGUAGAAAAUGAACAGAAUUGCCAUAAGCUCAAGCAAUCUCAAAAGAAUUUCAAGUAGAAACUGAAAUAGAGCCUAGCCCACUUCUCCGAGGCCGUCAGGACACUAGUGAGUGGCUUCGCAGGAGGAGAGACGACCGAGCAGCGACCCUGCAGCCCGGGCGGAGGAGGGGCGGCUGCAUCUCUGUGGAAGGAAACACACGUGACUUCCACCUCAGGGCUCCAGGCCCCUCAGCAUGCUGGCAUGUCUUGGGAGGUCUCCACGUCAACGAAGAAAGCCGAGCAUCAGGGAUGCUGAACUUUGUCUUGAUCCUUCGUCACCAUAGUAACCAGGCGUCUUCCGCAACUGCUUCUGCGCAUGCGCGAGUCCCUCCCUUUCCUCCCUUAUGUGUUUCUUCAGGACGCGUUUUUCCCGGGACUUGACCCGUGAGGCGCUCCGUAGCCAGAGGUGUGGCUUUAUAACCAGGAAGCACACACACGAGCCGGGAUUGCGAUUGGCUCGCGCUUCGUGUUCCCGGAAGUGGCGCGAAGGCCGCUGCUGGCAGCGCGCCGUGCGACUCGGCGACGCCGGGCUCCUGGGCGGCCGACAUGCCGCGGUACGCGCAGCUCGUCAUGGGCCCCGCGGGCAGCGGGAAGACAUUCGGGAACUGAUUGAGGUGGACGACGUGAUGGAGGACGACUGUCUGCGGUUCGGUCCCAAUGGUGGCCUGGUGUUUUGCAUGGAGUACUUUGCCAAUAAUUUUGACUGGCUCGAGAACUGCCUUGGCCACGUUGAGGAUGACUACAUCCUUUUUGACUGUCCAGGUCAGAUUGAGUUGUACACUCACCUGCCGGUGAUGAAGCAGCUGGUCCAGCAGCUCGAGCAGUGGGAAUUCCGCGUCUGUGGAGUUUUCCUUGUUGAUUCGCAGUUCAUGGUGGAGUCGUUCAAGUUUAUUUCCGGCAUCUUGGCAGCCCUGAGUGCCAUGAUCUCUCUAGAAAUUCCACAGAUUAACAUCAUGACAAAAAUGGAUCUGCUGAGUAAGAAAGCUAAAAAGGAAAUCGAGAAGUUUCUAGAUCCAGACAUGUAUUCUUUGUUAGAAGAUUCUACAAGUGGCUUAAGAAGCAAAAAAUUCAAAAAACUGACUAAUGCUAUAUGUGGACUGAUAGACGACUACAGCAUGGUGCGGUUCUUACCGUACGAUCAGUCAGAUGAGGAGAGCAUGAACAUCGUGUUGCAGCAUAUCGAUUUUGCCAUUCAGUACGGCGAGGACCUGGAGUUUAAAGAACCUAAGGAACAUGAGGAGGAGUCAGCCUCUUUGUUUGAUGAAUAUUUUCAAGAACGGCAGAGUGAGUGACGAGUUUGCUAAAACGUAACUGGAUCGUGUGAAGGACAUGUGGUCACAUUGGUGGCGUGAUCUUCCCCUCAAAGGACACGGUCAGAGAAAGCGGUGUAUUUUCAUGGAAAAUGAUGACACAGCAGCACACCUGAAUCAGGUUCCAAACCUGCUCGUGGAAAGUGGGAUCUCUUAUUUUUUAGUAGCAGUUGAUUUUAAAAAUCAAAUGGUUUUCAAAAUCAAGUUAGGUUUUUAAAGUAAAAAUGGGGGCUAGUAUUGUACAGUAGGUUAAACUACUGCCUGUGCUGCUGGCAUCUUGUAGGGGCACUGGUUCAAAUCCUGGCUUCUCUGCUUCUGAUUCAGCUCCGUGCUCCCCGCGGGAGACCUGGAUGCAGGUCCUGGCUCCUGGCUCUGAGCUGAGCUAGCCCAGCUGUUGUCACUGUUUGUGAAGUGACUCUUCCUCCCUUCCCCACCCCCUUUUGUCUCUGUAACUCUUUCAAAUAAACAAAUCUUUAAUAAAUUAAUACAUGAAA